UUCUAGGCAAACUAGCCUAACCGGAAAAAACUAGUACAUCUUUUUUGGUGCCAGUGCAAGGGCUUUAGCCAAGGAGGAAUACUUUUACCGCUUCACUUCUCAUUUCUCCGCCAUGAUUACAAAAUCUCUAUCAAUUCCCACAAAUCUUCCAUUCUCAUCCCUUAACACCCGCUUCCAUCCCCAAUUCCAAUCGCCACUCCUUUUCCCCCUCCAAUCCUCUCCCUUUCUAUUCCAUCAAACAACUCAAUUCCUCACUAAUCCAUUUCCCAAAUGUCAAAACCCCUGCAACUCAUCACCAUCCACCACUCAACAUCAACAAGAAGACCAACUCAAAGAUACCCAUGAAGCCAUUUUCCACUUCCUCCAAGACUUUGGAAUAUCCAACGAGGAUUCCAGUUCCAUUGCUUCAAAUUGCCCUAAAUAUGCUAAGAUGCUCAUUGAUAGUGUGAAAGAUUUGGACGACUGGAAUGCGUGGGAAACUGCCGGAAAGGAAUUUGUUGAUUUGGGGUUCAAGGGAAAAGUGAUUUAUAUGGCCAAGGAUAAAGGUGAUAAUGGCAAGCUUGCUUUUCUUGAGAGUCUUGGAUUGAGUUUGUCUUCGGCUACGAAUGUUGCUCGAUACAUCACCAAUGAGUCGCUUCCGGCUCUUAUCAACAAGGUUAAGUAUAUGAAGGAAAUGUUAUUUUCUGGCAGUGAUGAUAAAGGCCUCCUUGGAAAAAAUGCUCGACGUGUGAUGAAGCAUUUAUCUAUACCUAUUGAUGAUGAUUUGCAGCAGACCUUGUCCUUUUUUGAAAAGAUUGAAGCAAGACGAGGUGGUUUAGACAUGCUUGGUUCCUCUGAUGCCUCUUUUCGAUGCUUAGUUGAGUCAUUUCCACAAAUUCUUUUGUUGUCAUUAGACUCACACUUGAAGCCUAUGAUCGAACUUCUUGAAAGUAUUGGAAUCCCAAGGGAACGCAUGGGUAGCAUAUUCUUAUUAUUCCCACCUAUUAUGUUAUGUGACAUUAAGGGCAUUGAAAGAAAAGUUCUGGCUCUUAAGAAGGUUGUUGCAGUAGAUGAAGAUUUUGGAAAAAUAAUACAAAAAUAUCCAUGGAUUCUUUCAACCAGCAUUCAAGAUAACUACAAGGAGAUUGUUUAUUUGUGUGAUAUGGAGAAGGUUGCAAAAGUGAGCAUUGACAAAGCAAUCAGAACCUGGCCUCUUGUUUUGGGUUGUUCAACAAGCAAGCUGAAGGUGAUGUUGGAACAGUUUGGAGUGCUAGGUGUUAAAAAGAAGUUGGGACAGGUUAUUGCUAAAAGUCCUCAAUUACUGCUAAGAAAACCUGAAGAAUUUCUCCAGGUGGUUUCAUUUUUGAAAGAUCUAGGAUUUGAUCAGGAAACUGUGGGCAAGAUACUUGUUCGUUGUCCUGAGGUUUUUGCUACUAGCAUUGAGAAAACGCUACAGAUGAAAGUUGAAUUCCUUACUUCUAUUGGUGUUUCUGAGGAUCAUCUCCCUCGCAUUAUUAAAAAAUAUCCAGAGCUUCUUGUGUCUGACAUCUACAAAGCAUUACUUCCCAGGAUAGAGUACUUGAUGGAAGUAGGACUCUCGAAGAGAGAGAUUCUAUUCAUGGUCCGCAGGUUCUCUCCUUUGCUAGGGUACAGCAUCAAUGCAGUUUUGAGACCGAAGUAUGAAUUCCUGGUGAAUACAAUGGAAAAACCAGUGAAAGAUGUAGUGGUUUAUCCACGUUAUUUUAGCUAUUCACUGGAAAAGAAGAUAAAGCCGAGAUUCUGGGUGCUGAAGGGAAGGAAUGUGGAGUGCAGCUUAAAAGAUAUGCUUGAUAAAAAUGAUGAGGAGUUUGCUGCCAAGUUUAUGGACGCAGGAGGAAUGCCUGUUUCCUCUUCUCCUUCACAACCAUGAACAGAUAACAGCUUGUCAGUAAAUAUAAAUACGACAGUUGUUGAGGAAAAGAUGGUAAAUUAUCGGAUUUACAGACGUGGAAUGGAUGUGUAUAAAAAGAGUUUUGAGUAAUGGAUUUAUGAUUUGCUA